GUGGUGGUUGUUGUUGUGUGGUAGUGUUCGUUAGCCCGCUCUUCAAAACUUGACAUUUAUUUGAUUUAUCAGCAGUGAUUUGAUAAGGUUUUUUCUUUGUGGUCGGCAUGGGUCGGCAGUGUUACUGUCCCGGAUGUAAGAACACCUCCGGACUUCACAGCUUCCCGGCAGACCAGAACUUCAGACUCCAGUGGUUCCGAGCUUUGGGCCUCUCGAACCGGGAGCUACCUCCGAGAGCUGGACUGUGUAACCGCCACUUUUCCAGAGACUGUUUUUCUAAUCUCAUAGAGGUAGAUAUGGGCUUUACCAAAGUGGCUAAGCUGAAACCCAAUGCGGUCCCUAACGUUGCUCUCCCGGUGCAGACAACAGGACGGCGGACGGUACAGCCGUUACGACCGUUGGCUCCGUUAAAGAUUCAGCCUAAACGGACCACAGAGAUGGGAAGCCAAACAGAACGAGUCCUCAACAAACAUGCUUUUGUACAGGCUGAUGUAAAACCUUACAGGAGAAGCAAAGCUAUUCAGGCCCACACUCCUACCAGGGAUGUGUCGUGUGGCACGAGAACUUUCACGGCUGUUCCUGAGGCUUUGGCAUCUGCUGAGGGGCCACGCUACACCCUAGUUAGGAGAACUACGUGUGAGCUCUCAACUGAAGACUCAAACCAUCAGCUUGAUGGAGCAAACACCAUGAACUAUAAAAGCACCUCAAAUGAAGCGGCCAAGUUUGUUGUCCUGGAAGAAAAUCUGAUGGAGCUGUUCAGAGAAUGUCCUGUUUGCAGCAGGAGCUGCGACAUCACUAAAACAGUUCUCGGGACACUCCUCCAUGUGACGCAGAGCUGCGCUCACUGUGACUACUUUUAUCAGUGGUCAAGCCAGCCAAUGGUAAAAAAGUUAACCCACCUGGUGCCUUCAGAUGAAAGUGAAGGUUCGAUUCAAAGGGUCGUCAUUUGUUAAGAUGUGACAGGUUGUGGAGACUUUCAAGACCGUGCUCAACCUUCCUUACCCACCAGAAACCAGGAUGACAUCAGGGACAUCAUAGCUGCUGGACAUGUGACACUCAGUGGACAAAUCACCAGCUUUCUCUCUGGCUAAGGAACAUCCCAUAGCUUCGAGGGUCACUGGGGGUGACGGGUGGGCAGGACUGUGAGGCAUCACUGGGGGCCAUAGCUGGUCUACAAGGGCGCAUCUUUGGAGCAUCUAUGGGGGCCACAACUGUUUUAGAAAACCAGGCCACAGUCUCCUUGGGGAGCCAUCCUUUUAGAGCCUCGCUCUGUUCCACAGCUGUUUUUGGGGCACCUGCUUUGGCACCUGCUUUGGCACCUGCUGGGCACCAGCCUCAGUCUCUGCUAGGCUGAGCUCAGGUUGCCACAGUUUAAAGUGUUUUGCCCUUUCUCUGAGUCUCACCUGUGGAAGAGGAGGAAGAUCUUGUGGGUGACUCUGUGGCAGAGCCAGGGUGACAGACAGGAAGAGAGCCACACUGGGAGGUGGGUGCUGAGAUCCUCUGGAGGAUGAGCCACAGGCUGCUUGGCUGGUUGGGGUCUGCGGAUCCUGGGUUGGGGUCCUCAUUCAAGGAAAUCAUAUGAUCCGCUGCUUCAUCAAAUGUUUUUUUUCCUUGCUUGUUCAACACGAUUUGUUGUUUCUGAUAUGAAAAUGUCAGCAUAUUUAUGGAAUUUGUCUUCAGGUACAAGAAUAAAAAUGUAAAGGACUGUCUUUUAAGUUUUCAAGAUGUUUUAAUUUUAUUUUUAUAUCAAAUCUAUGGUUGCAGAAAUGAACUAUUACCAUUUUGUCACACUGGAUAAAUGUUUUUAUCAAAUAAAUAACAGUCUCCUGUUUGUUUGUAUUUCCAUCAUUAUUCUGUGACUCUGACUUAAUGUCCUACAAGGAUGAGAAAGUAUUUUUCAUAAAAACUCUUUAAUUUUGCUCUUUUAGUCCAGUAACACCAGAGACAAAAACAUGGUGUAUGUGA